AUGCCAACAGACGACGCGUUCGCCGCCAUCACCGAUGGAUCGGUGGAGGAAAUGAAGAGAAAUCCUAAACUCGUCAGAGAUUUUCUGACGCAACAUAUACUCGGGUAUAGCCUUCCGCCGCAGAAUCUCAAGAAUAAUAUGAAAGUCAAGUCGUUGAAUGGCGAGAUGCAUAUGAUUAAUGUGAUCGAUGGUGGAAAGAUUUUAGUCGAUGGCAAUGAAGUGAUCGCCGCGACGGCCGCCAAGAAUGGCAACGUCUAUGUAAUGGACAAAAUGCUGGACAGAAGUGGUCGCAGAUCCCGAUCCAUCGCUGAUGAGCUGAGAAAGAGAUCAGAUUUGAGUACAUUCUCGAGUUUAAUGCAAAGGAGCGAUCUUAAUAGCAAGCAUAGUUCACCAAACGAGCCUGAGUAUACAGAUAUUAAGAGAAUUGGCGUGAGUUCAGACACGCCCAUAACUAUCAAUAACUCAACAAAAGUCAUAUCUCCCGACAUAACCACCGAGAAUGGUGUCAUUCAUGUCAUUGAUAGGGCGCUAUCAGACAAAAUUAAUAUAACCGACAAAUCGCAGAAAUUAUCGAAUGAAGAGUCGGACAGAAAUGCCAAACAGUCGUCGAUAUCUCCGAAUGAAGAGUCGGACAGAAAUGCCAAACAGUCGUCGAUAUCUCGUUCGGCGCAGAGCUUAGGGAUCAGAAGAUUCACGAAUUGGCUCAACAAGAGUGGACUACUGGAUGAGCUCACGAGAGAUGGUCGCGACUACACUGUCAUUGUGCCCACAGAUAGGGCUGUCGGCAAAUUGCCCCUAAAAAUACAGUCCAUUCUAAACAGCGAGCCCUCUAGACUGACAAAUCUCUUGGAAUACCAUAUAAUUCCCGGUUUUGUGGACACGAAAGGACUCAAAGACAAUGAGAUGUUGACUACAAUUAAUAGCAAACAGAUUCGCUUCAAUAGAUUAGAUAACGGAAGGGUUGAGACGCUGUCGGGGGCGCCCAUUAACAGGCAAUCGACUAAUAAGAAUCUAUUGAUCAUAGCCGUGGACAGUGUCUUGUAUCCACCGCAGGGAACGGUAGGGGAUUUGAUUAAAAAGUCACCGUUUCUUAAGACAUUGAAUGAGAUCAUCAAAAACGCACAAAUGGAGGACGAGUUGAGGAACAGUUCAGACAUUACUUUAUUUGCGCCCAAAGACGAGGCCCUCAAACAACUCUCACCAGAAAUACUCGAACGCCUGAAAACCGAUCAAAACUAUAGCAGAGAGCGGAAGUACUGGUGGAAAGGGAUGGGAAACAGUUUGGAGAAACCAAAGACUGAAAAGCAGACCGAAGAGGGCGAUGGAAAUGGUCUGAAGUAUGGGUUCAGUUCAAUGCAGGGCUGGCGGCUCAAGAUGGAGGACAGACACUGUAUUCAGGUGGGGUUGGAUCAGCUGAAGGAGUGGAGCUUUUUCGCCCUAUUUGACGGUCACGCGGGCGCACAGGUGGCCGCCCUUUGCGCUGAGAACCUCCUGAAGACGAUCACAAAGUCUGAGACCUUCCAGAAGAAUGUGUCGAAACUGAGCGACGGUUUGUCCGAAGAGCGCAUCAAUUCCGUGGUGUCGGCCAUUGAAAAUGGGUUCUUAGAGUUGGACGAAGAGAUGAAAAAACACCCGGACUUCGUGUCCGGUGAGGACAAGAGCGGCACGACAGCCAUCUGUACGCUGAUAUCGCCGAGCCAUCUGUUUAUCGCCAAUUUGGGUGACUCGCGAGCGGUGUUGUGCCGGUCGGGAGCCGUCUAUUUCUCCACCGAAGACCAUAAGCCCAAUAAUCCCCAAGAGAGACAACGGAUAGUGGAAGCGGGCGGUAAUGUCAUGAUAUCCCGGGUGAACGGCUCGCUGGCCGUCUCCCGGGCGUUGGGCGACUACGAGUACAAACAGGUGGCCAACAAGAAGUUGACUGAACAGCUGGUCUCGCCCUUCCCGGAAGUGACGCCCAAACUCAAGAGCUCGAGCGACGAGUUCUUAGUGCUCGCCUGCGAUGGCGUCUGGGAUGUCAUGACCAACGAAGACCUGUAUUCAUACGUCAGAUACCAGUUGUCCAUUGAGAAGAGUUUGGGAGCUAUUUGUGCCAAUAUUAUUGACACGUGUCUCCAUAAGGGAAGUAAAGAUAAUAUGAGUAUGUUUUUGGUGACCUUUGCGGGCGCGCCCACCGUCUCCGUCGAGGCUCAGGCCCGGGAUGAGCGCCUCAAUCGGGACAUUGUGUCGAAAGUGGAGGAAUAUAUGAGUAAAAAGGAUAAUGACUAUAAUUUUUCUGAUUUAAUGGACGAUUUAGUGACCGUCGAGUGGAAGGAUCUGCCGCCGGGCGGAGGUCUUCAGGCGAAGCAUCAGCUCAUUGACGAGACAUUUAAGAAAUUAUCCAAACAUUCAAAUUCAGACUCAGAAACGAGGGAAAAGUGA